UUGAACGUUUCAAGAAGUUCAAACGCAUUUCUACUUUUGGACGAAUUUGACCAUUAUCUUAAACUUUUCUUGAUAAUGGAGAUUGUACUAUGCAAUACCCACGGCAGCACAUGCAUGCUGAAGACGGGAGUGAAAGAAGGGCCAAAUAAGGGUAAAAGCUUCUACUUGUGCGGGGAGCGUCAACAGGGGUCUCCCUGUGAUUUCACCAAAGUGGCAGGUAUCCCGGCCUCACACUGCCUGCUUCAUGAGGAUUCUAUGGUGGAACUCCAGACUCUCAUCCUCAGUCAGCAGCAGCAGGGCUAUAGGUUGUACUACCGGUGUGUUUUGGGGAAGAAUGCAGGUCAGAGGUGGUGUGGCAAUGUUCCCUGGACAGCGCCAAAGGCAGAGAAACGCAGCCCACUGUCUGAUAGACAGCUGCAGCCCUCCAGCCUGCCCCCAGAGAGAAAUCCAUUCAAGGCCCCAGGCAAGACUGACCAGACGUCAGAGUGGAGGAGACUCCAAGAUGGGGGGAGACUGGAGGACGAGGGCAAAGGAAAGAAUGAGAAAGGUGGAGAGAAGGAGAGGCUUCACAAGAGUGUAGGUAAAGAAAGCGAACAUGGUCGAGGUAUGGGGAAGGAGGAGGAGGAGAGGGCGAUGUCAAGUCCCUCGGAGUCUUGGAGAGACAAACAGCUUCCAGCAGGGAUGAAGAUAAAGAAGGGAGUAUCAGGCGAGGAGAAUAAGGAAAGUUCUGAAACAUCACCUGAGGAAAAGGAAAAGACUGCCAAGGAGACGAAAGACAAAAACAAGAACUCAAACAAAGACAGCCAGAGAGAGGCUGAGAAAAGCAACAACUCUAGCCCGAAACCCCAGGAUACAGAGGACCCACACAAAGCCUCAAAGGGUCGUCAUGGAUACUCCCCACGAGAGCCACCAACCAAUAGCCUUAAAGAGUCUGGAAAGCAUGCUGGGAAAAAGCAAAGCACAGAUAGGAAGAAGAGCAACCCCUCCGACCCAAAUGGGACUACCUCUAAAGACGCCCAAGCACCUAAGAGCACAGAGAAGAACAAAGCCCCAAUCCCACAAUCCGAUAAACCAGCGCAACGACUUUCCACUCCAAUAACUGAACAGGAUAAGGAGGCAGAGAAAAGGACUGCUUCAUCAUCACAGCAGAACCAGGACAAGUCCCAUCGUGGGAACCAAUUUGGAGAGUGGCGUUGUGAUGAAGAUGAUGAUGAUGUCCAGUUUGUGUCAGUUCAGCCAGGUACACAGACGACGACUCUAGUACCAGUGCCCCUGGUCCAGAAAGCCCUGACAUCCUUCCCAGGGUUCCAGCCUGCCUCUCAGGUCAAAGGUCAGCGGGAGGACCCCAGGGCCCUGCACAGCCAGCUCACCGCUCAGCUCAAACAGAAGAAGGCCACUCUGUCGGUGGUGAAUAUGUCUGCUCUGCCCGAUAAAGGGGAGAGGUUGAAGAGUCAGGUCAAAGACCUGGAGGAGGCUCUGGAGUCUCUCUGCCUCACCACUUCCACUGAGCCAGAGCCUCAGGGUGACGAAGGUAAUGCCAAACCGAAGCCCACUCCCAGCCAGUACAACCCAUUUAGCUGCCCGGGAGGCACCGUCCUACUGCCCAUUGCUCCUGCCCCCCUCCAGUACCAGGCCUCCACCAGCUCAAUGGGGCUGCAGCUCAGCCAGGGAUACACUCAGAUGUAUGGAGUGAACCCCCAGAGCCAAGCGUUCUAUGGAGGCAGGAUGACAGACAACCGUCUGCUAGCGGUGAAGAACGCCACCUCUGAGGCCAUUGACCACCUCCACAGCUCCCUGGAGUCCUGCCCCGACCCCGACGAUGAGGUUACGGACCCGAAAGGCAUCAAGGUGCCUCUACUGGCCCAUCAGAGACGAGCCCUGGCCUGGCUGCUGUGGAGAGAGACCCAGAAACCCUGUGGAGGAAUCCUGGCUGAUGACAUGGGCUUGGGGAAAACCCUCACCAUGAUCGCUCUCAUUCUGGCCCAGAAGAAGAAGCAAAAGGAGGAGGAGGAGAAAGACACUAAAUUGGAAGGCUGGAUCUCCAAAAAUGACUCUAGCCUGGUAGUGUCUCAGGGCACUUUGAUCAUCUGCCCUGCCUCUUUGGUUCAUCACUGGAAGAAGGAGAUUGAGAGACACGUCAAGAGCAGCCGACUCAGUAUCUACCUGUACCACGGGCCUAACCGCCAGAAGAACGCCAACGUGCUGGCUGAGCAUGAUGUGGUGGUGACCACCUACAGCCUUGUCUCCAAGGAGAUCCCAGUCCAGAAGGAGGACGCAGAGAAACCUAGCAAGGACUCUGAGGAUGUGCCAUCAGCCCUCCCUCCUCUGCUGCGGGUGGCCUGGACGCGCAUUGUGCUGGACGAGGCCCACAACAUCAAGAAUCCCAAGGUGCAGACCUCCUUGGCUGUGUGUAAGCUGAGGGCCAAGGCCAGGUGGGCUGUUACCGGGACCCCCAUCCAGAACAACCUACUGGAUAUGUACGCCCUGCUCAAGUUUCUGCGCUGCGCCCCAUUUGAUGAGUUCAAGCUUUGGAAAACCCAGGUAGACAACGGCUCCAAGAGAGGAGGAGAGAGACUUAACAUUCUGACCAGAACUCUGCUGCUCCGACGCACCAAAGACCAGAUGGACUCUACCGGAAAACCUCUGGUGAAUCUGCCAGAUCGGACCUGUGAGGUGCAUCGCCUGAAGCUUUCUGAAGAGGAGCAGUCUGUUUACGAUGUGGUGUUUGCACAGUCCAGGUCCACUCUGCAGAACUAUCUGAAGAGACAUGAGGGAGACAAUGGUAAAAAGGGAGACAACUCCAAUCCCUUCGACAAGGUUGCUCGUGAGUUUGGAGUGUCCCAGGCGGACUCUGUGUCCUCCUCCCAGCAGACCCAGGGCCCCACCAGCACUGUUCACAUCCUGUCUCUAUUGCUCCGACUCAGACAGAGCUGCUGCCAUCCGUCUCUGUUGAAGAAGACCCUGGAUCCGUCUGAGCUGCAGGGGGAUGGGAUCUCUCUCUCCCUUGAGGAGCAGCUCAAUGCCCUGUGCCUCUCCUCCGAGCCCUCGGGCCCCGACCUCAAAGCCACCGUGUCCCUCAAUGGGAGCCGAUUCGCCUCCGAUCUCUUCGAGGACACCCACGAGAGCACCAAGAUCGCUGCCAUUCUCACAGAGCUGAAGGAGAUCAGGCAGCAGAGUGAGGCUCAGAAAAGUGUGAUAGUGUCCCAGUGGACCAGCAUGCUUCACAUCGUGGCCGUUCACCUGAGGAGAAUGGGCCUGAGCUUUGCUGUCAUCGACGGCACUGUCAACCCCAAACGCCGCAUGGACCUGGUCGAAGAGUUCAACACCAACCCUAAAGGACCACAGGUGAUGCUUGUGUCGCUGUGUGCUGGAGGAGUGGGCAUUAACCUUAUUGGAGGGAAUCACCUCUUCCUCAUGGACAUGCACUGGAACCCAGCUCUAGAGGACCAGGCCUGUGACCGCAUCUACAGAGUGGGUCAGCACCGAGACGUCACCAUCCACAGGUUUGUGUGUGAGGGCACAGUGGAGGAUAAGAUCUCCAUUCUGCAGGAGAAGAAGAAGGAUCUCGCACAGAAGGUGCUGUCAGGGACUGGAGCCUCCUUCACCAAGCUCUCCCUGGCUGACCUCAGGGUCAUCUUUGGGGUCUGACGACCAGGAAGUAAGGGUGGUGGGGGCAGCCAGACUGAGGACCAGGUAGUAGCGGGGCCAGCCAUACUUAAACAACUAUGUUUGCUAGAUUUAUGUUGUGUAUGAAUCUGGUUGAUAACCCCCUUUGCUCUUGUUGGUUACUGAGCACUACAGUACAUAUUGGCACAUAAUGUGGCUAAUGUGGUUGGCACUACUUUUCUGUUAUGCGCUUGAAUGCUUUGCUGCUACUUUUCUCCAUAUGGUCUUCUGGCAGGUUGCAGAGCCUACUAGCUGUGUACUGUUGUAUAUCCAGCACUGUUUCACAUGCUGUAUUCCAUGUGUUACGACAACGACCUUGAGUUUCUCCUGGUCAGGUCACAUGGUCUUUCCAUUGAAUACAUUAAGUAAUUUAUAAGACUGAUUUAUCUCUGCUGGAUUAUGUUAUUUCUAAUCCUAAUUACUUUUACCUCUUAUGCUGUGUAAACUCUUAGUGUUUGAUUAUUAGGACUUCCUCAAGGCUGUUGGAUGUUUUUUAAUAAAAUAUUAUUUAUUACAGUUGA